AUGGCGGGGCGGAGAGCUGCAAAUCCCGACGACAGGUGAGCUUCACACUACAACCACCACACCUCUCGCAUGUGUAGGUACUGUAACUAACAACCAUGUAGUCCACCAAAGCGAACCUCAUCAUACUUCCCCAUCACGACCACCCUCCUCACAUUCCUCUACAACAUCCUCCUCGCCCUCGCAAGCGCAACCUACCUCCCCCAUGAUCCCCUCUACAUCGGCCUAUCCACAUCCCUGUACGCCUGGGCAGGAACCAUCCUCAGCGUCUGUGGUCUCGCGGGCAUCGUAUUGGUACGCUCCAAUCCCAAACCUCUUCUUCUCCUUCUCCCCCUCCUUCUCCUUCUUCUCAGCUGACAACAACAUCUCCCUCCCCACCACAGAAACGCCCCACCCUCAUCACCUCCUUCUCCCACUUCCUCCUCAUCGACACCCUCCUCUCCACCCUCUCCCGCUUCCUCCUCCUGCACUUCCUCCUCGAAGCCUUCACCGACGCCAACCACCUCUGCUACGCCCCCACGCCGAGCAGCAGCGCCUCCCACCAACCCAUCAUCUGGAACCCCGAGAAUUCCAGACACGACAUCGUGACAUCGGUCAAAUGGCACAGGGAGAAUCUCUGGGGCAUGCAAGAGGAGAGUGCGAACCGGAGGAGAUGUGAAAUGGCGCUGGGUGCGGUACAGCUCGUCUUGGUGGGGCUUUGGAUUGCCAUGACGGUUGCGCAGGGUGCGUUGGCCGUGAGUAUGCGGCGGUUCGGGAAAGAGAUGGAGAUGGAGCAGAAGAAGAAGCUGUUGACGAGGAGAUGGGACGGAAAGACGAAGAAAUGGAGGAGAAGUCCACAUCCGGAUCCCGAGAAGGAGGCCAUGAUGCAGGGACUCUGA